AUGGUGUCCCCCCGCCGCCCCGGCGAGCCGCCGCCCGCCCCGCGCUGGCGGCCGCCUCCUACGGGCGCCUCACCCGCCUCCUCCUCCUCCUCCUCGCCCCCGCCGCGCUCCGCUUCCCUAAAAGCAAUCUCGGCGGGUGCCUCGGCGCGGCGGCCCCGGCUCCGGCGGGUGCCGGGCGGCGGUUCUCAGCAGCCCCGCUCCCGGCGCGGCGGUGCCUCCCCGUCAGGGCGCUACGGCGGGCGGGACGGGCGCCGCUCUCCGCCUGGGUCGCGGAGCGUCUCUCUGCGUCGCCGAUCUCCGGGCCAGGGCUCUUCCUCGGGGCGAGCGGGGAGCGGCAGCAGCCGGAGUCCAGGCGGGACGGCAGAGGAGUCUCGACGGCGAGGGCGGGAGCCGGCGGCAGGCGAGCGUCGCUGGGCGGGGGCGGGGGGUCCUCGCUUCGCUGCCGGCGCGAUGCUUCUCGGCGGUCUCCGGUGCGGCGGCGAGCCCCGGGACGGGGCGGCGGUCAGAGCCCUCCCGGAGCCAUCGCCGCCCGCCGAGCUCGGGGGGCAGCCCGCCGCGGUGGGACGGGGUCGACGGCAGCUCAGGCGCUGCGGGCAGGCCCCCGGGGGGCACGGGCCGCCCCGCUCACAGCCGCCCCGCUCCGCCCGCGGGGGCGCGGCGAGCCGCUCGCUCCUCGCACAUACUCGCCGGGCGCCGGUCGCCGGUCGCAAGCGGCCGCCGGGCGCCGCGGCCUCCUGGUUCCCGCCGCCGGACAAACUUCGCCAAGUUUCGGGCGGGCUGCGGGGCGCUCCGCCUGCCGCGCCGCUCCCCCUUCUCCGGCGGCCGCCAGGUCUCUCUGGGUUUUCUUGGCCGACGACUCGGAGGGGCGGCGGGGCGGGCGGGAGCGGUGGGGGGCGGAGGGAGAAGGAGGAGGCGGAGGUCGGGCAGCGGCACCGCGCAUGCGCGCCGCGCCCUGCCCGGGACCCCCUCCCCGCCUCUCCCCGCCCCUCCCGUGUCCGGCGCUGCCCCGCACCGGGCGGCGGGGGCUGCCGGCCCCGAGUUCCUGUGCGUUCCGUGGGUGUUCCCGCCGGGGGCCGGCGCAGCGGGCGGCGAGGGGCAGAACCCGGCGCCUCGGAGCGCGUCCCCCCGCCCCGGGGGCCGGUGGCGCCCAGGAAAGUCCGCUCGAUCCCGGCGCCUCACGCCGCCCUCCCACCGCCGCCCUUCUUCCCCGCCGGUCGCCCGUCAGUCAGGGUGAACUUGCUCGCCUUGUUUGUGCUUCGGCGGGUCGGUUUUGACUUACCCCUGUGGUAUGUGGAAGUGUCGACUCCAAUAAACCAUUAA